AAUCACUUUGAUUGGUGUGGGGUUGUUCCCUAAAAUAUUUGUUAUAUCUUAGUGGUUGUGUGUGUGUAAAUUAAAUGUAUAAAUAAAACAAAUAACAAAAUAAAAUUAAAUAAUUCAGAAAAUAAUUAAAUAAAUUAAAUUCCGAAUUAACUGCUUACAGAAAUUAUAAGUCUAGGCUUGUGUUGAACACAAUCUCCUUAAAGUAGAUUUCGCCCUUGCUCCGGUGCUUCGAGAUUUAACGGCGUCUAUUUCUCAGGAUGCAACGACUAAUACUUGAUUUGUAGCACUACAAACUCAAGUCUGGUGAACUAAAACUAUGUUGUAAUUCUCUCUUUCUCUUCUUAAAAUUAAAUGCAGAACAGAUGUAGAAAAUAGGAGGACGAAAAGAGGAAGAAGAAGGAAGAAAUGUUGAAGAAAAUUCGAUGGAAUGAAAUGUUGGAAUGAUAGGCUAUUUAUAGCCAACCAUGCACCUGUUCGGGUAGGCCAUGAUGGUUGUUCGGACAUGGCCGGAAAGGUGCAACCGGAACAACACCGGUUUAGAAAGGAGAUGACCUGAAAAUUCAAAAUUUUGAAUUUGAAAAUUUGGCGCAAGAUUUGAAUUAUUUCCUUAAGGAAAAAAAAAUUCCUACAAGAAUUUGAAAAAAUUCAAACGAAUUUUGUCAAAAAAAUUAAAGUUAGGAUCCGACACACAACCCAGACCUCGCACCCGUGCUCAGUUGGACGGACGGCGGCGUGUGUGUGUGGUGGUUUUGGGCCAAGUCCACUUUAUCCAUAACUCCCCUCCUUACAAAACUUAGGAUGCUCCUUGGGGCCCAUCCCAAGUAUGGCAAGCUAAAGUAUAUAUACUCAUAUAAAUCUUUAAGUCUUUCCUAUGUGGGAUAAGCACAUUUCACAAAUGUGUAGGAAACCCACCUAAAGUCAUUUUCACAAACCCGAAAAUGCGCAUUGAAUUCUCAUUCAUCAGGAAAUGGUUUUGAGCAACCAAAUAUAUGAUAUUAUUCACUACACCGCAUUAAACAUGAACCCAAGAAAUGUCAAAAAUAACACUUGGGUCCUACUUUAAUUAAUGCUCAAAGUUAGCAAAAAACAAGUUUAUACAAUCCAUUUUCCAACAAUAUCUUCCCUGGAAUAUGUCUACCGGUUGGAGCAGUGUUGUGAAAAGCGCACCUAGGCGCACGUCUAGGCGCAAGGCGAGGCGAGGCGAGGCGCACUGCCUGCGACUGAGCAGGUACCAGGUGAGGCGCUUUUAGUUAGGUGCGCGCCUUAGCAGCAAUUGGAACCAGGCGAGAGAGGCGCAAGGCUCUCGCCUAGGCGCGACUGAUUGUUUAAGAGGUAGAUCUGAUCUGACGACUCAGAUGAACCUUUCGAAUGGCUCGUAAUCACAGAGGAUUACAACUUAUGUACCAUAUGAGCCAAAUACGACUCAAAUGAACCCUAAUCGAAGUCGUCUCUUCCUCUUUCACCUCGCAAUUGACUUCGACUUCGACUUCGACUUCGACUGGGCUGCUGGAGCUGGACUGCGACUGCGACACUGGACUUCGACUUCGGCUUCGCAGGUCUGUUCGACUUCGACUCUCUCUCCCCUUCUCCUUCUUCUUCGUCUUCGACUUUCAGUUCUGCUUUUUUUUUUUUUUUUUUUGGGCUUCGACUUCUUCAGUGCUCUAUUUUGCCUUCGACUCUUCCUCUCUCUCCUUCUUCAGUGCUCUGUUUUGCUUCUUCUUCUUUUUUUUUCUUUUUUUUUCAAUUAUUUGAGUUGAGUCUCUGAAAAAAAAUGUAAGAGAAGAAUUUACAAAAAAAAAUUACAAAAAUUAGGGAAAAAAAAAAUUAUUUGUAAUAUGCUAUUGAAAAAAAAAUUAUAUGUAAUAUGUAAGAGAAGAAUUUAUCUAUUAGGGAAAAAAAAAUUACAAAUAAUUAAUUAUUUGUAAUAUGCUAUUGAUAUUUUUUUUCCUUUAUCUGUUAGGGAAAAAAAUUUACAAAUAAUUAAUUAUUCACAAACAAUUAAUUAAUACAAUGUGGUAUUGGUCUUUUUUUUCCCUUUAUCUGUUAGGGAUUAAAUUUGUUUUCCAUUUAUUCUUUUAAUACAAUUAUUUUUUCAUUUAUUAAAUUUGUUGUGUAGAAAAUGACAUCGGAGAGUAAUAGAAAAGAUCCGACGUGGCAAUAUGCCCAUUUGGUAAAGGAGGAUAAUUAAAACAAGUUCGAGUGUAAUUUUUGUGGUAAAAUAUCAAAUGGAGGUGUUUAUCGGGUGAAACAACACCUUGCGGGAGGUUAUAGGAAUGUCACUGCUUGCCCGAAGUAUCCUUCUCAUGUAAGAGAAGAGAUUAGAGAGUUUAUGCAAAAAAAAAAAAAGACACAAAAAGAAGAAAUGAACAUGUUGCCUAAUUUCGAUGACAUGGACAUGGAAGAUGAAGAUGAAGAUGAUGAUGUCGUUGAGAUCAAUGUCAAUCAACACCGUAAGUUGACAAGUAGUAGCCAAGGUUCAUCCAAAUCCAAAUCAAAAAUGCCAAAGAGAAAAGGGCCUAUGUUUGUUUACUUCACACCCAAUCCUGAAUCAGUAGUGAAAAAUCGAAGAGACCAAGCAAAAGGGAAACAAACCAAAAUUGAUGGAAAUGACCCUUACAAAAAAAAAAUGAGAGCUCGGGCAGUGCAAAGAUUUGCAAGGCGGAUGUAUGAUGCUGGUAUCCUUUUAAUGCAGUAAAUUAUGAGAGUUUUGGACCAGUGAUUGAAGCCAUUGGCCAAUAUGGUCCUGGUAUGAAGCCACCGACUUACCAUGAAGUGCAGGUUACCCAACUCAAAAAAGAAGUGAGACAUACUGAAGAUUUGAUGAAGAAUCAUAAAGAGGAUUAUGCAAAAUACAAGUGUUCCAUAAUGGCUGAUGGUUGGACUGAUAAGAGAGGAAGGACAUUGAUUAACUUUUUAGUUAAUUAUCCAAGAGGAACCAUGUUUGUUGAGUCGGUUGAUGCUUCUAGCUAUUCAAAGGAUGGGCAAAAGCUAUUUGAAUUACUAGACAAGUUUGUGGAGAAAGUUGGAAAAGAGAAUGUGGUGCAAGUUAUCACUGAUAGUGUUGCAGCUAAUGUGUUAGCGGGGAGGUUUUUGGAAGCUAAGUAUGAACACUUGUAUUGGACACCAUGUGUUGCUCAUUAUUUGGACUUGAUGUUAGAAGACAUUUUCAAGAUACCUAGACUGAAAAAGACAUUUGAAAGAGGUAUUGCAGUACAUGGCUACAUUUACAAUCGGCCUACGUUGCUAAACAUGACGAGGCGCUAUACAAAUUUGAAGAAUUUGAUCAAGCCUGCAAAAACUAGAUUUGCAACCGCCUUUUUAACUUUGUCUAUGAUGCAUCAACAAAAAAACAAUUUGAGAAAGAUGGGUCAUCUCCGAAGACUGGACCUCAAGCAAAUGGGCAAAGGAGCCACAAGGUAAAAGAAUGGCACAAACUUUGUUGAUGUCUUCAUUUUGGAAUACUGUUGUGUUUGCCCUUAAGGUCUCGGGUCCUCUUGUCAAAGUGCUUAGAUUGGUUGAUACCGAGAAGAAGCCUCCCAUGAGAUACAUUUAUGAGGCAAUGGAUAGGGCAAAAGAAUGCAUUGCAAGUUCAUUUGAUCAUAAAAAAGAGAAAUAUAAUGAAAUCUUCGGAAUCAUCGACAAAAGAUGGGAUGUCCAAUUGCAUCGGCCUUUAUAUGCAGCUGCGCAUUUUCUUAACCCAGAAUUCUUUUAUCCAAAAGCGUUAGAGGUGCAAAAAGAUCAUGAAGUGAUGAAUGGGUUUUAUGAAUGCAUGCAAAGGUUGGUCCCGGAUGUCACUGUUCAAGAUUUGAUCACUAAUGAGAUGAGUAUUUAUAUGAAGGCUGAGAGUCUUUUUGGCAAUUCUGUUGCGAUUAGGCAAAGAAAUACAAGAGUACCAGGUAAUAAAUUAUAGACUCAUACGGUUUAUUUUUAGUAAUACUUUUGGUAAAACUCAAUACUUGGUAACAGUUAUUUCUAACUAGUGG